AGAAUGAGGAAACACCAGCGGCUUUCACUGAUGUGAAUGUCAGCACCAUUCGAAGCUCAGGAGUCUCUGGACACUCGAGUUAGCAUUCGAGUUUUUCUUCGGUGGUCGAGAGAUCUGCAAUCACACGGGUGAGCCGAUGGCAGAUUCCUCAGUGAACAGGACCACUACAGAUGGCAAAGGUGACGGGAACACGGUUAACUUUGCCUUUGUCCUGGUGCCAGUCUUCUUCCUGCUGGGGCUUCUGGGAGUCCUCAUCUGCCAUGUUCUGAAGAGGAAGGGCUACCGCUGUACCACUGAGGCAGAGGAAGACGAGAAGCUGGAGAAAGAGGACAACGAAGGGGAGAUGGGUCUAGAAAAAGGAGAUCUGAACGACACCUUCAGUGAGGGCAACGCAGACACCGUGGGUCAAAUCGUUCACUACAUCAUGAAAAAUGAAGCCAACACUGAUGCACUCAAAGCCAUGGUUCAAGACAGUAUAGACUCAGAUGGUGCCCCUGUCACACCCAACUCUCCAAACUCACCCACCACCACAGUGAGCCCUGCAACACCCGGCUUGCCCCCCAGCGCAGCCAAACACACCUGUAACCAUCUGCACACUGUCGGAGGAGUCGGGGGACAGAAGAACAUCUGCAACCGCUGCAACCAGAAAAAAUGGCCUCUCAUGAGACGCUCAUCCAGCAUAAAGAGGGACAGACGCAGUCACAUAGGAGAGGUCACUGUGCUGGCUGUUGGCAGAUUCCGGGUGACAAAGUGUGACCCCAAAAUGGCCCGUGUCAGGCGGACAUUGCUUAUCACUGAGCCCAAUGGGAGUGUCCCUGCGUCCCCUGCUACUGCAGACCCCCUUGCAAGCAGCACAGCAGAGCAUCCAUUGACACAGGAAAUAGGGGACAAUGCAAAGUGACAUCUGUUAAGUUCCAGCAUCUUCUCAGGCAACAUUUAAAACAGAAUAUUUUAAUCCGGAAGCCUCACUUCCAUAGAAAUAUUUAGUGGGGGAAACGCCUCAAACUAUGAUGAUAGACAUGAUAGUGGAGGACGAUGAAAAAUAAUGUAAACCAUCCUAUCUGUCUUGUGUGACACGUCAAUUGUGGAAAGAGAGCAGAAGCUAUUUUACAUACAUUAACCUGUCAGCAUGCCAACCCACCUUCCUCAAACAUAGUCACAUUUUUAAUCAGUGGUGGAUGGGAUCAUUUGGGCUUGUAAAUGACUACAAUUGUGUCAAUGGUUAAUCCAAGCAGACGCCAUGGUCAGAGCUUUGUAAUGCGCCUCUCUAGGCUACUUACAGGAAGUAGAAGUUCUACCUGUUUUUUUUUUCUUCUUUUUUUUUUUUUUUUUUAUGUGCAAGCUGUGAUGAAUACGGAAUUACAGAGCCAUGAAAUGUCUCACUUUUUACAAUCUAGACCAAACAUUUUUCAUAACCAGCCUUUGUUAAAUAGACUGCGUUUGCUGUCUUUGCUAAAUACACCUUUUCGCAUUUAUUUUAUUAUUAUUAUAAUUAUUUUUUUUUUUCAUCAAUGAAAUUGCAUGUUUAACACACAUAUUUAUCAACCAAGCGCACCUUAAAUGACUGAAAAUUUACUCUGUGAUAUCUUAAUUGGUUUGGGUCAGAAAACUGUCUUUCAGUAGUAUAAAAAAACAUUGGUAUAGCUUGCAUGUGUUAUCAGCACUCAGAUGCUCUCUGAAGUCAAUCGCUAACCUACUAAUAUGAGCUAAGACAGUUUUCUUCACUAUACUUGCUGUUAAUAUAAUGUAGUAUCUAAUCUUGGAGAAAAAUGAAUGGUACCUCAAAAAAAAGUAAAAGUGUCCUUGCUUUAGUGCCAAGCAUAGGCAAAGAGGGAAAAAAAUUUGGAUUUUUAUAAUAGUUGAGGACUGGAGAUCUAAGGAUUUUAACCAAAACAAAUUUCCAAUAAAUGUAUUUGAAAUUUUAUGUAUUUUUCGUUUUAUAUAUAUUAUAAUUGUUUUGGUAUAGUGCCAUUAUUUUGAUAUAUGUUUUGCUUUAUUUUAAAAUUAGGUUUACAUUAAAUGUUAAAUGUUUCAGAGAUUCCUCUCUUGUUCUUCAAUGAAAACAUCAAGUGGACAUAUCUGAAUGUCUGUGUGGAUUUCUGGUAGCGUGUGAAGUGCUGGAAUGAUUAGUUAAAACAAAAGUCUCUCACAACCUUGCUGUUCAAAUUUGUAAAUUCAACAGGAAUGGAAUAAAUUAAAAUCUGUUAACUGUUGAUGUAAAACUGGAAAACUAGCAAUGGUUUAUAGUGAGGUGUUUAAAAAAAAUGAGUGUGUGUCAGGAGAAUGUACUGUUAUGUUUUACUGAAACUUUUGAACCCAGAAUUUAUACAUUAAAAAGAUUAAACACA